AUGUUAACGUUAAUUAAAUAUAGAAUAUCCCAUUUGAGCAUCACAUGUUGGAAGCCCCCAGUUUGGGCGCAGGAGUGCUUUGGAAAAUGGCCAUGCAUUUGGCAGAUCAAAGUCACACAAGCAUUCAUUGAAAACAACCGUGACAUUGUGUGUAUUGCUGGGACAUCAAUGGGGAAGACUAUGACAUUUUGGAUGCCUUUACUCUUCAAACCUGGCCUUCAAAUUAUUGUAACUCCGUUGAACCAGCUCGGGAGACAGAAUGUUUCAUCGCUGGCAAAAGCAGGCUUGCUAAGUAUAUCCAUAAGUUCAGAGACAGCUAGCUGGAGUAAUUUUUGCGUGAGGAUCUAA